GUGAGUUCCCUACUUUCUGUCUCUGUCUCUCUCUCUCAUCAACGACAUCAGCAGCAGCUGUUUGUGAAGUCCUUUUCUGAUCGCCGCCAGAGCCGGCCCGGGCGGGCAAAGGUGGGUGAAUGGUGAAUGAUGCUGAGUCCUGGAGGAUUCGUCUCCUCUCCGGCAGCUCCUUCACCGGCAACUUCCCAAGGUGGUCCACGCACAAGUGUGAGCGCUGGCGCCAGCCCCUUACCCACCACUCAUCUUGGUAGUUUGGAUUACCCCCCAUCUCUGCAGCAGCAGCAGCAGCAGCAGCAGUAUGGAUCUUCGGCCGUGCCUGUCGCGGAUACAAAGGAUGCCCCGCCAAUGCCCAAGGGUGAGGAGGGUCCUGCUCGACCCCCCAGGCCUCCCCCUGCCAUAGCUCUCUCUCUGGCUCUGGAGAGGUUUGAGUCCGCUAGCUGUCAAAUUGCUGCCAUCCGAUCUGGAGCGGAAGCGCUGAUCGAGGCCGUAGAUCAUGCCUCUAGGUUGAACAGAAAUUCUUCUUCUUCGGCAAUCAACUCCCAGACACCUGCCAGCAUUUCGCCGCCUCUACCUCCCCCUCCGCCUCCUCCCUCCUCGUUCUCCUCCACGUCUUCUGAUCAGGUUGGCGGCGUUGGGUCUUCUGCUCGGGGAAAGGUCGCUUCUCCCCCUGCUCCGUCCUCCGCUUCGCAAGGAACGUCCACUGGCGGUGGAUUCCGCUCGUCCCCUGGAUUGCUGGCAGGGGUGGCACCAACCCCGCAAGAUGCCGCUGGUGCAGGGAUCCCUGCCGCCAUUCCUGUUGGCUCCUCUGAUGUAUCUGGCUUGAAACCUGGUAUGGUCGUGCUUUCCGUAGCUAAGGCGGUGCGCAAAGCCAUCAAUGAGCUGCGCGUUACGGGAAAGGAACUCCUUGCUGCUCUGGUUGUCGAUAGCGGUGCGCCCAGUGCCUCGUGUAGAAAUGCUGCCACUGCCACUAGUCGGGUAUCAGCAGGGGACCCUUCUGCUCCCGUUCCCCCUGCUGCCCUGUCCUCAUCUCUCCCCCAUGCAGCUGCGCCUCCUCUUCCUCCACCCCCUCCUUGCCCAGACGGUUCUCGCCUCCUCUUCGAAUGGUGUCGUUAUCUGGAAGGUCAUGCUGUCGCGACAGCCAUUGAGCACGCCAAGGCCGCAUCGACUGCAUUUGCGGAGCAGUCUGGGGAAUGGCAACGAGGGCGGUGCAGACGGAUCUCUUCCGCCUCUUGCAGCAUGGGAGACCCAGGUUCGAAUCCCUUUAGAGGACGACUAGGUGAAGGGGGAAAUCGAAGAGGACUUGGCGAGGGGAAUGACCUGGGGGUGAUCUUCCAGCGAGUGACCGACACCUGUCCUAACAUGAAGCUUAGUCUCUCGUCUUUCUCAGGUUGGGGCCGACAUGUGUACCCCCCGGGGGUUGCAUGUCAGGGUGGCGGUCGCUUCCACGACCUUACCGAAGCUAGAUCGGCCCGACAUGUGUACCAGCCCGAAGCUGCUGGAGUGGAAGAUGGUGCUGGCGCACGUCAACAGCGCCUGCAGUCACAAUUAUCGCAUCCCGACUUUCAGCUGAUGAACGAUGGACAGAAAGACGUGGGACUGAUAUCGCCGGUGGGAAUGGGAAACCUGGGAUUGAUCGCAAGAGGAUGGAAGAGCAGCUCAGCGAGGUUGGGAGCAGGAGGAGUAGGGGGUGGUGAGGUGUUGAGGAAGAAGGAUGGUGGGAAUGCGUCGGUUAUCCACGUGGCAUGCCCUGGUGUGUUCCAGGCGGUUAUCGCCUUAGAAUCCCGCUCCCGACCAGUCGCGAUCUCGGUGUUUGCCCCGGAUGAGGUAGUGGGUGUCCAUGCUUGGGGGCUUUCUUCCCGCCACGUGUUUUCCCUCCUCACUACUCAUGUCCUCAGAGCAUUGCACUGCUUCAACGAAGAGGAGGAGGAGGAGGAGGAGGAGGAAGGAGGGGGGGGAUUGUCGAGGGAUGAUGGUGGAGCAACUGCAGCAGAAUCAGGGAGAGGUAGAGUAGGGGGGCUGGAGCGGCUUCUUAAGUGGCUUUACAGUUAUAGAUCUCUUUUCACAGAACCGUGCGCAGUAUGCAGGAAGGUACUCGCGCAUGACCCGCCUAGUAGAGCAUUGCUUCCUCCCAUCCUCCGACCAUUUGGGAUUGAGAAGAGGAGGCAGGAGAGGCAAGAACAGAAGAGGAAGAGGAAAGAGGACACGCUGCGACAGCAGGUGCAAUGCGCUCAUCGUGCCGCACAUGCGGGAUCGGGAUUGAUUCCAGCAGAUUUGGCAGCAAUGAAUAGGGCGGGGAAGAAUGAAAUGACUCUCCCGCUCAUUUCGCCUGUCGGGGCGUUAGGGUCCUCAUCCUUAGCGUCGUUAGCAGGAGGAGGAGGUGGUGGUAGUGACGGAGAAAAUAGAGUGGGAGUGGGAGCGAUGAAUGACAGAUCGGGAAGGUUCUUAGCGGGAAUUGUGCCACAGCAGGGUCUUUGUGGCAACAGCCCUUCUCACUUGGGUGGAUAUGGGAGGGAAGAGAAGAGAGAAGAGAGCUUAGCUUACCAUAUCAACUGUGUUUUGAAGAAAGAGAGUCAUGGUGCUAAUGAACCUGCCUCCUAAAAUCUCCAUAACCUCUCUUCUACCUUCUACUCCCACUCCUCUUUUGCCUCAGUGUCA